CCUCUAUUGAGGGUAAACCCCUUCGUUGCUAUGUACCCGUAUCAUUUAAUAUCUUUACUGGCUACCGGAUGGAUGGCAAGAUACGACGAAGACCUUCAUGAGAACUUGUUCUUUCAGUCUCUGGUCAACAGAUUCGGAGCUCUUUUCAACGAGGCUGCUGAGAAAAGAUGGACUAUAUUUGUUCCUCGUGCUGAUACUGUGUCUCGGCUGAAACUGACUAAAGUUGACUUUGAGAACCAUGUUGUCAUGCCAACCAGUGAAGAGGGUCGCUUCAUUUCGCUCAACAGGAAGAGUGUGUUGGUGGAGGGUGGUGUAGUGACUGCUGGCCAUGGAUACAAGGAGUUACGAACUGUCAAGAUUCUGUUCGAUGAAUGUUUCUUCAACUCGAGAGAGGAGAGCUACCAGAUAUUCUGUCUCAAUCAGCCACUAGAGGGAGCACUCGGAGAAGAGGUGAUUCUGUCGCUCGAGAAUGUGGAGGACUGCAUCAAGUACUUGUGGGGGGAACCUGGGAGUGAGAAGGUUCGAAGGGCAGCUGACCGCCUACUAAACGUGUUCCAUUUGGAACGAAGCUCGAGCAUGAGACUUAUUUUGGAUGCGUCCAUGGCUCUCUACACACGAGUCAUUCAGGAGGUCUACAAGUUGAAGAAGUUUCACUCACGCUCGCAAAUUUCAUUCUGCAAACUAGCUGUGGAGACGUAUGUACUGGCUGCUCUCCACAGAAAGAUUUUUAAGGAAGUGUGCUUCAGAGUGGCCUCAAAAGAUGCUAUCCUCAACAAAAUCACACGCAAUCUCUCUGACGUCUCUCCACAAUCACUAGGCAUCAAAGAGCAGUACCAGUUGCGUAUCUCCAAGGCCCGUGCAGUGCUGAGUCAGCUCAAUCAGUUUGCCACGCCCCUAGAGAAGCUGUACUGUUUCAAGAGCUGUGUCUCCACUCUAAUGGAGGGAGAAUCACAGGACCCACUGACGGCUGAUGAGCUACUGCCCAUCCUCGUCUUUCUAGCCAUUAUCACUGACAUUCCCAAUUGGAUGGGUAAUAUUGUCUACAUCACGAAGUUCCACUUCUCUCACGUAGCGACUGACGAAUUCACGUACUACAUGACAUCCUUUGAGGCGGCAGUAGAGUACAUUCGCAGUGAGGCCCAUGAGAUAGCCACUCUCACAUCAGGUACCCCCCUCCCUCUCACACAUUGUAUGGGAUUCAACAACAUCUUGUCCCACCCAGGUAUCAAUCAGGUCACUGUUCAGAAGCUCCGCUCGAGCAGUCUCCAUGAUGGUGGUGAUUUUUUUGAGACUGUGUGUCGUGGUGACGUGGCCGCUAUUCGCUCCCUCCUCAAACGAGAGGCUGCUGAGGCGGAGUCCUUCAAGAGCCGACUCUGUCAUCCUCUCUGUACCUGCUCAUCUUGCAGAACUCUCAUCGACAAACAAUUGGACAAUUCUGAUCGAGCGUCUGUAUUCUCGAGAGAUGAGAAUGGCCGGACAGGACUGCAUCAUGCAGCCAGAUUAGGUCACUCUGAGCUGGCAAGUGUGCUACUAGAGCAUGGAGCAUUGCCCUCAGCCACUGACCAUCACUCCUCCACACCUCUGCAUCUAGCAUGUCAGAAGGGUCACCAAAAGGUCGCGCUCAUACUACUCGGAGAGGUGGAGAAAAUUAACGCUGCUGAUAACCAUGGCAACACUCCACUGCACCUGGCAUGCUCCAAUGGACACGAGGAGUGUGUGAAGGCUCUGUUGUUCAGCAAAGACCAGUGCCGUGUUGACACUACUAACAACCAGGGGGACUCCCCUCUCCACAAUGCUGCUCGUUGGGGAUACGCAUCCAUAGUUGGGGUAUUGCUGACCCACGGUGCCUCCAUGACAAUCCUAAACAGACGGAGGGAGUCACCACAGCAGUGUGCUCAGAGUGUAAAGGUUCAGGAGCUACUGAGCACUGUGCAGACAAGACGUGAUGAGUCUGACUUGAGUGACGACUCUCAAGUGCUGAGGAUGAAACAUGUGAGCAAGAGGAUGUCUAUCAGAGGUUCCUUCAGUGAACCAGACAGACAGCUUAAGAGGCUGUUUCGUGCUGUGCGUGAUGGAGACACCAACUACGUCAAAUACUUGUUUGGUUGGGAGGAGGGAACAGCCAAUCAAUGUCACCCUCUCUGUCAGUGUGAGAAGUGCUCCCAACUCAGAAAGUCCCCUCCCAUGGCCGUGCUCUCUAUCAACAGCUGUGACCCUCAAGGCCAGACACCACUUCACAAGGCGUCUCUGUUGGGGCACAUUAAUAUGGUGGACCUGUUGCUAGCUCACGGAGCAAUGCCGGACGUGAGGGCUAGGGAGAGUCAACAGACACCACUACACUUGGCCUGUCAGUACAACCAGCAAGAUGUUGUUCUGAUGCUACUGGAAGAAAGUGCUAGUGUGAAUGUGCAGGACGUACAGGGAAACUCUCCCCUCCAUUUCUCCUGUACCAACGGCCACCUCGACACGGCUCUCCUCUUACUGGCUCGUGGAGCUGAUGUGACCAUGUCCAAUGUCCGUGGAGACAGUGCACUGCACAAUGCUGCCCGCUGGAACCACGCCCCCAUAGUCCAGCUUCUCAUGCUGUAUGGAGCACAAUACAAGGCUACAAACAACGAGGGAAAGACCCCACUAGACCUCACCAAGGAUGAGGAGGUACAGAAGCUGGUGCUCAUGGCCAUCAGUGGAGAGCUUAUGGUCGGACGCUACACCACACCCCUCACACCAUCCACAAAGGCCACACCCACUCAUGCAACCAAUAGCAACAAGCCGGUAGUACGUCAGACUACUCCAACACCACUGUUCCCUGUGGAAGAGGAGCAACUGUUCACGCCUCUGGAGGAUGACCACGCCCCCUCAACAGACCACACUCCAAAUUCCAAAGUUCGGGAUCUCCUCCAAGCUAUUGAGAACUUUGACAGGAGGGGUACACUGAAGAGGACCAACACUAUGGACCGUAGCGCCCCCCUCCUCACGUCCCCAUCCCAGUGCCCACCUCCCCCAGUGAUACCUCCCACCCUGGUGGUAGCUGGGAUAAUGUAGCGGCUCCUCCUCCUCCGUCCAAUGGGAUCCUUGGUCAGAGCUGGGACUGUGUACAAGAGCAGGACGUUGUUAGUAGCCAGUCAUUAGAACACACACUAACUGUGCAGCAGCAGUGAUCGUGUUGUGUAUGUGUGUGUACUUUUCGUUUUGUGUGUGUACAAGUGUUGUUGAUCUAGAGAA